UUCCUUGAAUUCUUCGGUAAAGAUUUCUUCAAAGAUUACAUCUGUAAAUCUGCCAGAGAAUCCACUUUCCAAACCGGUAGCAAGGAACACGAAGAAUCGUAUUUGAAGAUCGUCAAGUAUUUGACAUUUAUUCUGUUGAGAGCCAACUUGUCAUCCGUUUACUACGUAAUUGCCUUGAACUACGAGAGGAAAUACAACGACGACAAAACCACGAGUAUAAGCUCGGGAGUCGAGCUUUUCAAAAUACAUUUUAAAAGCGUGGUGCAAUUGGUGUAUAUCAUGUCUUAUGUUUUCGACAAUUCGGUCGAGCUUUUCGGCAAGAACUACGACUAUGUGUUGACUGCGGCAAACGAACGAUAUAUGAUCAAAACCCACAGUUUCUUGACGUCAUUCUUUAUCAGGUUGAUCCACCAGAAGCAACUCUUGACGUUUAAGACGUUUGAACCCGAUCUGGCAGAACGGCUUCAAGCAAUCAACCAGCUCUUCAAUUUGAUACUUGUGGAAGCUGAGUUAUUCGUGGGGAACUUCCGUCUAUUGAGUCUACGGUACGUCAAUUCGUACAAAAUCUACGUGUUGACUUACUACGUACUCAAACAGUGCAUGCAAAAUGCCGAAGUAUUCUUUGCGUACGCUUUGAGUGAUGUGUCGACCAUUUUGGACACCACCAACAUGCUUCAAUAUUUUUCUGCUAGCGAAAUCAAGUACUUGUGCAAGCUAUGUGAGGAAUUCAGGUUUGCCAAAGACAAUCAGCACAGACAGAGACGUGCUAAUGAGAUGUUCAAUAUGAACUUUCAACAUGGCGGAACCUUUGAGGACGAAGACUUAAAAGACAAACCCACUGAAGAAGAAGCCAUCAGCCCCAGUGACAACAGAGGAGGCGAUGUAAAUGGAAUGGAGAAGGACGUAUCUAGUGUGUUAAGGGGUCAGACGGAUACUCCUAUGGGAGGUCUUGACCUGGUCCUUCUGCUGAUGAACUUUGGAAGUUUCAGCGACGCGAACUUCAAAAGCGACGACUUUAUGAAGUUUUUCGAACUCUAUGGUGACCCCAGCAAUCCGCAUUUGGAGUGAGCGGGCCUCGGCCUAUGAGUUUUCUAAUACACGUAUAACCCCAACUCUCAUCUAAUGGUAUAUUCGAUAAUGUAUGCAGGAUCAUUUCU